AUGGCGAUGCUUAAUGUGGUCCUUUCUGCUUCUUACCUCUAUAUAUUUGGUACUAUAUUCUUUGACAUUGUUCACUUUCUCCUACACAAAUGGUCGAGAUCUCGCUGGCGAAUCCUCCGCUUUCUUUCUCGCUGUCACCAGUAUCAUCACCUCUACUACCCCCGAUCUCUUCAAUUUAAUCAGCGAUACGUCAAACCAAAUGCCUUGAUUGCUCUUCCUCUCGAGCUAAUAUGUCAGUUGCUCGGAAGCAUCAUCGGCUGGAUCCUUGCUACCAUCCUGAAUUGUUAUAUUAAACGUCUCGAUUCGAAGGCCCUUUCUAUCGUCCUCGUCGUACAAACCGUUCGCUCUCUUUUUGUUAUCAUUAGUAACGGCCAGGACUCCAAUCAUAUCGCACUUGACAAAGUACCCAAAGAUCAUAGCUGGGCAUUUGUGGGACCGGAGUACCAUUCCUUGCACCAUAUCUACCCAGAUCGUUAUAUGGGGUCUAUGGUGAAGCUAUUCGACUGGGUUGCGGGUACUGCAUACUCGCUGAAAAACAAGACGGUGGUCAUGACGGGUGGAUCGGGGGCAUUUGGACAAGCGAUGGAGAAGCAAGUACGCGCCGAAGGUGUCAAAAGCAUACACAACCUGCAGUUCGGCAAAGACUGGAACAACGAAGACUUCUCGCGUGUCGGCCCAAUCCUUCAAGAGGCAGACAUCAUCAUUCUCGCCCAUGGAACCAAGGGUCCAGAGGCCAUGGACUCAAACUGCAUUUCAUCAGUUCGUUUAAUUGAGCUUUUCAUGCAACAAAAGUCCGCACAGUCUCAGAGAACCAAGGUUCUACCUGAAAUCUGGUACGUUGGCAGCGAAGCAGAGCUUCAUUCUGCCUGGGGUGUGCCUGAGAUGGUACGAUACACCGCGUCAAAGAGAGCAUUCUUACCCUACGCUCGUGCUCUGUACAAGUCAGACAAGGUAAUAUAUCGACAUAUCGUCCCUGCAGCAUUCAAUUCUCGCAUGGGAAUUGCGAUUGUGUCGGCUGACUGGGCUGCGCGGUGCACAAUGUCGUGGAUCAGACGGGGAGCUCAUUAUAUCCCAGUCACAUAUACGGGGCUUGCAUAUCUGAACUUUUUCAAGUUUUUGUUUGGGCCCUCGGCAGAUCCGACAUGGGUAAAUAAGAUAGGAGAAUCCUAG